AUGAAAACAAUUGAAGAAUUUACUGAGAAAGGCAAAAUUUCUGAUUUCCGAAUUCUUGCCACGGACAAAUUUUUAAUGCAAUACUUUUCUGAAAAUAAUUUUCCAAUGAAGAUUCCAACACUAGGUGCACCUAAUAUGGCAACAGAUUUUACUUACCAAAACAUGUCUAUCACAUCGUUGAUGUCGAACUUAGCCAUAGUGUCUCAAAAUUUAUUUGAGUUAAACAAUGACGCCCUUAAGAACAUAAGGUCGACAUAUGAAUAUAAUUUCUUGAUGCUCAAUAGUGAAGAUAUAACUACUGCGCUUCAAGAUUUUUGUAAUUCUAUAACAAAAAUAUUAUUGUAUGAAGAUAACAAUAAUAAUACUAUUGUAAUUACAAUAUCAGUAAUCAUUGGUAGUUAUUCAACUUUGAUCAUAAUUUAUCUCAUUACUACCAAUUUGAUUAUCAACACCAAAAAGAAAAUUAUUGGAAUCUUUGCGAAAAUACCUAAGGAUGUUGUGGGUAAUCAGUUUCACAUUCUUGAAAAGCAAACAAACCAAAAAUCCACUUCUCAUACAAGAAGUAUUUUCAAUUUUUCAAGGAAAAUGGUGAUAAUAGUUUGUGUUGUCGCGAGCUUGACAAUUCUUUCUAUGGCUGUUUCAUUUUACGAAGCCUUUAAGGCCGCAUAUGAAAAUAAUGUGGCAGUAGAAAAGACACAAUAUGUGACUCAAGUGUUGUCCUCAACAAGCCAUCAACAAGCUAAUAUUCUAGCUUGGACAUUUGACAACUUUUCCCAAACAACUCAAAAUAUGGCCUUGAGAAAGCAAAUUCUGUUAGAGCAACAAAAUUUAGAAAAGUCAUGGACUCUCUUGAGAUUUGGAACGCUUGAGGGAAUAUGCACCAACACAUCAGCCAAUUGUGAACCAGGUUUAGAUACUCUCAUGGAGAGCUAUGCUCUUUCUGUAAACGCUUUGUUUUAUAGUAAUAGCACUACCUUGCUACAACCUCUCACAUCUCAAUUAAUUGAACUAUCUGGCUACAUUUUCAAAUCAAUGAAUCAUAUUAGCGAUGUAAUAUUACAAUCAACAAUUGGACUUAGAGUUCCCAUCUCCGUUGCUGUAUCUUGUACAGGAAUUGCAUUAAUAAUUGUACUUAGUAUUUUUCAUUUUUCACAACUUGAACAACAAGCAGAAGAGAAUUAUCAUCUAAGAAGGCUGUUGAAUAGUUUGCCAACUGAUACUAUUUCUCAAAUUGAAGAAAUCAAGAAAUUUGUUCUUUAUAACAGCUUAGCAGAGCGUAAAAAAGAUUCUCACAAAGCUUCAAAAGUACAAGUAAUCUUGGAUGGAAGUAACGAUGGAGCUAUUGUACUGAAACCAAAAUCUACUAUGAUUGAUAUUAUUAAUUCAACAGCAUUGAAAAUGCUAGGAUAUAAUUCUGGAGAGUUGUUGGAUUUGAUGGCAAUAUUUGGGGAAGGAGAGAGUAGAAGCAAACUCUCCAUGAUUUUAGAAGUCUUUUUUUCAUCCAAACAAAGUUUGUCGGAAUACAUAGAGAUGGAAGCUCUCAGGAAGAAUGGCUCAACUCUUGCUGUUGGAGUGUCAAUUAGCGUAUACACAUAUGAAAAUAAGAAUUUAAUAACCGUUUUAUUAAGAGAUAUUACGUCAGAAAAGAAGCAUAAAUUGCUGUUAGAAGAGGAACGACAAAAAAGUGAUGCUUUAUUGCUCAACAUAUUGCCUGAACGUAUUGCAUCAAGAUUGAAGGCAGGAGAGUCAUGCAUUUCCGAAAAAUUUGAUGAUAUUAGUUGUUUGUUCUCUGACAUGGUUGGCUUCACAAAAAUGUCAAGCGGUUUAUCCGCUCACGAGUUGGUUCAAUUACUCAACGCUAUCAUCAAUGGUUUUGACCAUUUAAUUCCAAUGUUUGGUCUAGAAAAAAUCAAGGAUGCUUAUUUCUGUAUUGGCGGUAUUUCUGGGCAAUCCAACCACCCUGAACAAAUAAUACUCUUUGCCCUACACAUGCUAGAUGUCAUUGCAAAAUAUAACAAACAAAAUAACAAGAGCCUAAACGUUAGAAUUGGCCUUCACGUUGGACCAAUAAUUGCAGGAUGCAUUGGAAAUUUAAAAUUUGCAUAUGAUCUUUGGGGAGAAACUCUUAACAUUGCUCAAGCAAUGGAGAGUAAGGGAUUUCCAGGAAGGAUCCAAGUAUCUCGUAAAAUGUAUGAGAGAGUGUAUGAUAUUUUUGAGUUUGAUGAAAUUAAGGGCGUUGAGAUUAAACCUUCCGUCGUAAUGACCACUUAUUUACUCAAAGAAAAACAUCAUGAUAUUGCAAGCUUCCAUGUUGGGUCGGAUCAGUCCUUUGAAAAGAUGUUUUCUAAAGUUAAUCUCCAUGAACCCACUUCUUAUAACUUUAAAAAGCUAAUUAUGGAUUCCACGUUCACAUCCCUUUACAAGGAAUAUCUCUCUGGGUCGGCAUUUCUUGACAUGUUAGUUUUUUACCAACACGCCAUGGAAUAUACAAACAAUGCUAGCACUCCUGUUCGAUUUGGCAUUUCGAAACAGCUGGUGAAAGAAUAUCUUGCUGAAACAGCUCCCAAGCGUUUAAAGUUCAAGUUUAUGCGGAACGCUUUUGGACCAUUCCAACUCAAAUUCCAAGAAUGCACGGAAGACAAUUGCCCUACAGAUCUGUUUGAAAAUUUCACAAUUCUGUGUAUGAAGCAUUUGAAGGAAGAAUUUGCUAACUUUUUAAAAUCAAACAACUUUGCAAAGUUUUUGGAUCAAAAACGAAAAAACCCAGAAUCGCUCAAAGCUUGUCUAAGGGGAGAAAAUGACUCAAGUACAACAGACGAGGAAGAUGAAAAAGAAUUCCUUCUAUUCUGCCAAAAAUGUGGCACAGAGAUUAUCAAUAAGGAGAAUCACCGAUUCAAUGAUUGGGAGUUUAAUCACAGAAGUGAAAUUUUAUAUGAUAUGAAUCAAUGGAGAAAGAUAUUUGAAAUUAGUGGAGGAGCAACCUAUUUCUCCCCUCCGGAAACUCAUAACCAUCUCAGUAACAGCCGAAGACAUGUUCAAGUGAAAUAUGUUUAUGAAAUGAAUUGUAGUCACGAAGAGCUGUUUUAUGCUUGGAUUGAUGAGGAUUCGUUUUCGACAAGAUUUGAGAAAAUUAUAUCUUCUGUCAAAAUUGAUUUUGUCAAGGUUGCAAAAUAUGCUCAUGCUGUAUUUCAUGAGAUUUACAAGAUGAAAUAUUUGCAUCAGACAAAGAGAGAGCUCGUGCAUGCGUAUUGUUGUAGGUACGAUCCUACGAAGGACGUUUAUAUGUGUGUGACAAGGUCCAUAAAUAAUGCAAAAGUUCCAGAAACAGACAAAUAUGUUAGAGCAGAAAUUAAGACAGCAUUCUUGGUUGAGAAGGUGACAGACUCAAAAUGUAGAUAUUAUUAUUCUGUCAUAUUUGAUCCAAUGGGAUGGCUAAAGCCUGAAUACUAUCACGAAUCCAUCUACAAGGAAACCCCACAAAACAAUUUCCACAUGAAAUUAUUGAAAUUGGUCGAUAAGAGAUCGAAAGAAGGAAGAAGCAUUCCCAAAGGACCUCUAUUUGAUUCACUCACUUAUUAUAUCAACCAGACUCAGCAAGAGAAGAAAAAGAAGACUUUAAACAUUACCAAGGAGGAGAACGUUGAGGAUCCACAACAAGUCUCUGUUUAA